AGCAAGAAUUAUUUCUAAAAGAGUUGGAUAGUAAAGAAAAAAGUGCUAUCUGUGCUCGCUGUCUGAGUUUCUGGUCUUCCUUGGAAGAUUUAGGGCUGACCUGUGCAAUGCCUUACUUCUCUCAGCUGGUGCUAAAGUAAAUCAAGCUGGUGAAAGAUACAGAAUAGCAGAAACCCCUUUAUGAAGCAGAAGCAACUGACUAAUGGCUUUAACAAGAACAUUUGGCUAGCAGAGAGAGACUGGAGCAAGCAGAGGAGCUUAGAAUGCGUGUCGCCCUAUCUCCUUUUUUGAAAUGCAGCACACAUCCGGAAGUCAGAUUUUACCUAGGAAUCCAGAAUGUUUAGUUCUGCAAGCACAACGUGGUUCAUUGUCCUACUAUAUAUGUUCUAUAAUCCAAGUAGAGCUCAGAAUAAUAUCUUUGGGAAAAAUAAAUACACAGAGUACCAGAUCGGAAACAUGAGCUUGAUUAUAACUGUUCCCCAUGGAGGAUCAUUACAGCCAAGUUCUAUACCGUCAAGAGAUUCUGGCUGCUGGGAUAAGGCGACAUCAGAAUGCUACUAUACACAUAGCUGCCCACCAGGAACAGCAAAGGACUCGACCAAAUGUAGCGUUUCCACAGUCAAAGAUCUAUAUACACUGGAAACUGCACAGGCACUGGCAAAAGAGAUCAGUUUACUAUCGGGUGGUUACACCCCUCAUGUUAUCAUAAAUCACCUUUCAAGAUCCAAGUUAGAUGUUAAUCGAGAAAAGGAUGAGGCAGCCUUUGGGAACUCUGAAGCAGAACAAGCUUUUGAUGAGUUUAUGGAAUUUAUUAAUAUGGCAAAGUCGCAAAUACAAAAAGGCCUACUUAUUGACAUCCAUGGACAGGCGCAUCCUGAACAGUGGAUCGAAUUAGGCUAUCUUCUUUCUAAGGCAAAUUUAGACUCGGGUGCCUUUACUGCAUCUGGUACAUCAAUAUUCUCAAUGUCUAAAGAACUUUACAAUAUCCCUUUUGAAACGCUACUCAGAGGCGAGAAGAGUUUGGGAAAAUAUAUUCAAGAUCAAAAUCCAAAAUAUGUCUGUGUCCCUUCUCCAACAAAUCUUGGACCCAACGGGGGAAACUACUUUUCCGGAGGCUAUAUUGUAAAAACCCACGGGUCCAAAGUGAGUGGUAGUGUAGAUGCAGUUCAAAUUGAACUUCCCAGGUGGAUAAGGGAAAGCAGCGAGCGCCCCAGCUUUUGUGUGGCUUUAGCAAAAGCAAUAUCACAUUUUUAUGAAUUAAGCUUUAAUUGAUGGUUUAGUUCUAAUAACAAUAUAUUAGAUGCCUUUUCUGCCCAAACUGUCUUCCUAACUCAGACAAAGAGAAAUACCUAAUAAACAGAAACAGCUGUGUGUCACUUAAGAGUAGUAGAAGUAAAAGCAACAAGGCAUUCAAACUUUUAAGGCAUUUCAAUAUAUUCAUUAUAAAUUUUGAGUCAUUGUCAUCAGCAUUAAAUGAAAGAAAUAAAAUAUGACCUAAGGUGA